AUGGACAAACAUAAGAGCAAACACUACAACACAGGACUGGAACUAACCACUCUAGACACUUCCACCGAAACCCUACAAGUUUCCACCCAAGCCUCCACAACAACAUCCGACCGGACAACACAGGCAACUACAGAGCUGCCCUCGACUGUUCUGACAACAGAAGAACAAGCGACUACACAGACAAGCAGCAACGUGCCCACAUCUGCCGAGACUUCCACGGUGCUUUCAACAACAACCGAGGCCUUGUCUACCUUUCAGACGACAGGCGUGGUCUCUACAGCUCUUCCGAGCGCCAGCACAGAAGAAGGCACUACAAGUGCUUCGACGGCUGAGACUACAACACAGGAAGAACUAACUACUCUAGACACUUCCACCGAAACCCUGCAAGUUUCCACCCAAGCCUCCACAACAACAUCCGACCGGACAACACAGGCAACUACAGAGCUGCCCUCGACUGUUCUGACAACAGAAGAACAACAGACUACACAGACAAGCAGCAACGUGCCCACAUCUGCCGAGACUUCCACGGUGCCUUCAACAACAACCGAGGCCUUGUCUACCUUGCAGACGACAGGCGUGGUCUCUACAGCUCUUCCGAGUGCCAGCACAGAAGAAGGCACUACAAGUGCUUCGACGGCUGAGACUACAACACAGGAAGAACUAACCACUCUAGACACUUCCACCGAAACCCUGCAAGUUUCCACCCAAGCCUCCACAACAACAUCCGACCGGACAACACAGGCAACUACAGAGCUGCCCUCGACUGUUCUGACAACAGAAGAACAACAGACUACACAGACAAGCAGCAACGUGCCCACAUCUGCCGAGACUUCCACGGUGCCUUCAACAACAACCGAGGCCUUGUCUACCUUGCAGACGACAGGCGUGGUCUCUACAGCUCUUCCGAGUGCCAGCACAGAAGAAGGCACUACAAGUGCUUCGACGGCUGAGACUACAACACUGCUGGAACUAACUACUCUAGACACUUCCACCGAAACCCUGCAAGUUUCCACCCAAGCCUCCACAACAACAUCCGACCGGACAACACAGGCAACUACAGAGCUGCCCUCGACUGUUCUGACAACAGAAGAACAACAGACUACACAGACAAGCAGCAACGUGCCCACAUCUGCCGAGACUUCCACGGUGCCUUCAACAACAACCGAGGCCUUGUCUACCUUGCAGACGACAGGCGUGGUCUCUACAGCUCUUCCGAGUGCCAGCACAGAAGAAGGCACUACAAGUGCUUCGACGGCUGAGACUACAACACAGGAAGAACUAACUACUCUAGACACUUCCACCGAAACCCUGCAAGUUUCCACCCAAGCCUCCACAACAACAUCCGACCGGACAACACAGGCAACUACAGAGCUGCCCUCGACUGUUCUGACAACAGAAGAACAACAGACUACACAGACAAGCAGCAACGUGCCCACAUCUGCCGAGACUUCCAAGGUGCCUUCAACAACAACCGAGGCCUUGUCUACCUUGCAGACGACAGGCGUGGUCUCUACAGCUCUUCCGAGUGCCAGCACAGAAGAAGGCACUACAAGUGCUUCGACGGCUGAGACUACAACACAGGAAGAACUAACUACUCUAGACACUUCCACCGAAACCCUGCAAGUUUCCACCCAAGCCUCCACAACAACAUCCGACCGGACAACACAGGCAACUACAGAGCUGCCCUCGACUGUUCUGACAACAGAAGAACAAGCGACUACACAGACAAGCAGCAACGUGCCCACAUCUGCCGAGACUUCCACGGUGCCUUCAACAACAACCGAGGCCUUGUCUACCUUGCAGACGACAGGCGUGGUCUCUACAGCUCUUCCGAGUGCCAGCACAGAAGAAGGCACUACAAGUGCUUCGACGGCUGAGACUACAACACAGGAAGAUCUAACUACUCUAGACACUUCCACCGAAACCCUGCAAGUUUCCACCCAAGCCUCCACAACAACAUCUGACCGGACAACACAGGCAACUACAGAGCUGCCCUCGACUGUUCUGACAACAGAAGAACAACAGACUACACGAACAAGCAGCAACGUGCCCACAUCUGUCCAUUCGACAAAAUUCGUCACAGAAGAUUCUAUCACUUCACGAUUAAAUGGCACAGUGCGGUUAAAACUUGAAACCGCACAGGAAUUUAUUGAGUCUCUUCUCAAUAAAUCUUCUCAAGAAUUCUUAAGUCUUGCCGCGGAGGUCGUAAGAAAAGUUACGCCACUAUUCCGGUUCGAACCACAGUUUCUCCGGUGUGAGGUUGUCGGUUUCGAACGUGGAAGCACCAUAUCUAUAGUGGAUGUCAUAUACAACCUGACAGUGGACAGUCCUGUUGAGAAGAGGACGUACGAUCUAGUCUACAAUGCAGUCGCAAAUGAAGAGAUUCUCAUUGAAGGGAUGGCUGUGGAUGUACUUUACAUCGCAAUUGAACAAGGCACGUCGUUUGUUCCCGUUGCGUUCUGCCACAACAACACCUGUCAGAACCACGCCACCUGUCUGCUGCUGGGGAACAGCACCUCGUGCGUGUGUCAGGACGGCUUCGUGGAGAACGGGACUGCAUGUCUGCCCGCGUGUGACGGAGGGUACGUCUGCAGGGACGGGAGCGCUUGUCAACUGGAAGACGGACUGCCGACAUGCACGUGA